AUGAAAACAUCUUCGACUUCAACACCUUUCAAGAAUGCUUAUACCAUAUCUGUGAUUGAACAUAUAAAAAGAGUUUUAGACAAAAGAACAAGAAUUGGAAGGAUUCUAGCGAUAGUAUCAACUUCUGAUGGUAUUGAAUUGAAGGUUCAACCUCUUUAUUAUGGUUCUGAAUUACCAAAGAUUUUUGCAAAUUCAAUAAGGUUAGAACGAGCUCGGAAUGGAGAACUAUGGUUAAGUGAAAUAUCAUGUUUGAUUGACCUACAAAACAUUAUUGAACCAAUCAAUGUCUGGCUUCAAGACACUUCACAACCUGUUAAUGGUUAUCAAUUUUAUGUUAGUGAAAUUAUAUACAGUUAUGAGGGUCAAUGGAAGAUUAGAAAAGUUGAAUUUCAGCAUCAACAUCCAAGUGAAUAUACCU